CAUCGAUGGGAUCUUUGACGUCGCCUUGUACACCAACGCGCUGGUGUUUCCUGAUGGCAGCAUCACUUGGUUGCCCCCCGCCAUUUAUCAGAGCGUCUGCUCCGUUUUCGUCACCUACUUCCCUUUCGAUUGGCAAAAUUGCUCCAUGGUCUUCCAGUCUCAGACCUACAAUGCCCUUGAAAUCAACCUCUUGUUGACUGUCGAACAGGGAAAAACAAUUGAAUGGAUUGUCAUUGAGUCCAACGCUUUCACAGAAGAGCAAACCCUCCUUUUUCUUAUUUCCACAGCUGGUGGGCAGAAAUGCACGGUCUCCAUCAACGUCCUCUUAGCCCAGACCGUCUUCCUUUUUCUGAUUGCAAAAAAGGUGCCGGAAACUUCUCAGGCGGUGCCCCUGAUUGGAAAAUUCUGCUUUGCGGAAAAUGAAGAAUGGAUCCUGGUGGGGAGAGUCAUUGACCGGGUCUGUUUCCUCAUCAUGGCCUCCGUUUUUAUCUUUGGCACCGUUGGGGUCUUCCUGAUGGCUCAGUUCAACCAAGCUCCAGGAAAACCUUUUAUGGGAGAUCCAAAGCGAUAUCUGCCUUAG